UCCCACACAAGACACUAGUGAAGAAACUAGCUCCCAGCAUCACUGUCUGUCACGCAGCUGCAUUCAGACAACAUGGCAUCUCCUCUCAGGCAGUAUGCUCGAAGUGUGGACAUCGCAAAUGUGAUGCAAAAACUGCAGGAUGAACAAGAGGCAGUGCAGAAGAGAACGUUCACAAAAUGGAUCAACUCUCAUUUAGCAAAGCAUAAACCACCUUUGGAGGUGAACGACCUUUUUGAGGAUAUCAAAGAUGGGGUGAAGCUCCUGGCUCUGCUGGAGGUGCUGUCUGGUCAGAGACUGCCAUGUGAACAAGGCCGCCAGCUGAAGAGGAUCCACUGGGUUUCCAACAUCGGCACAGCACUUAAAUUUCUCGAAGGCAGGAAGAUAAAACUUGUGAACAUUCAUGCCACUGAUGUCGCAGAUGGACGGCCAUCCAUUGUCCUUGGGUUGAUGUGGACCAUUAUCCUCUAUUUUCAGAUUGAGGAGUUGACCAGUAACCUGCCAGCUCUCCAAGCCUUGUCCAACAGUAACUCUUCAGUGGAGAGUACACCUGGCUCAGAAACAGGAAGUCCCCCCAUGAAGAGGAAAGUCGUCAAUAAAUACCCAGGCAACGCCAAAAAGGCACUGCUCCGAUGGGUGCAGUCCUCAGCAGCUCAAUACCAUGGAAUUGAGGUGAAGGACUUUGGGCCCAGUUGGCGUAGUGGUGUAGCGUUUGAGUCUCUGGUCCAUGCCAUCAGACCGGACUUGGUGGACAUGGAGCUGGUGAGGAGGAGGGGCAACAGGGAGAACCUGGAGGAGGCCUUCAGUCUGGCCGAAAAUGAACUGGGAAUCCCCCGUCUACUCGAUCCAGAAGAUGUGGAUGUAGACAAACCAGAUGAAAAGUCCAUAAUGACAUAUGUGGCCCAGUUUCUAAAGCACUAUCCAAACCCUCACUCUGAAACUGAUGGACAUCAUGAUGAGCGAGAGGAGAGGAAGAUGCUAAGGGAGCUCAAGGUGUUUUUGGAUCAGUUGGAGAGAGAUGUUCUGAGAGCGCAGGGAGCAGAGGGGAACCUUACUGAUAAAUAUCAGGCAUUCAAGAGCUUCCGUGUGCAGUAUGAGAUGAAGAAAAAGCAGACUGAUCCUCUGCUGCAGCCUGUGAGCCGAGACGGGAAGCUCUCCGUGGACCAGGCUCUGGUCAAACAGGCCUGGGACCGGGUCUCCGCCAGGCUGCUGGAGUGGCACAUCCACCUGGACAAGUCCCUCCCCGGCCCACUCGGAGUGAUCGGGGCCUGGCUACACAGAGCAGAGAUGGCCCUUAGAGAUGACAUCCCCAUUCACCACGCACAUGAGGAGACCGCCAACGUGAUCCACAGAAAACUGGAGCAACAUACGGAAAUUUUAAAAAGCCUUGAGCCCCAUCGACAGACUUUCCAGCAGAUUCAUAGGGAUAGAUCAGUGAAUGGAGUCCCAGUGCCACCUGAACAGCUACAAGACAUGGCUGAACGCUUUAACUUUGUGUCGACAUCAUGUCACGGUCACCUGAUCAAGAUGGAAUUCUGGGAAAUGAAGUACAGACUCUUGUCCUUUCUUUUUCUGGCUGAAUCAAAACUCAAGACCUGGAUCAUUAAAUAUGGCAGAAGGGACUCUGUGGAGCUCCUGUUACAAAACUAUCUUACCUUCAUUGAAAACUAUAGAUUUUUUGACCAAUACGACAUCAUCUUCAGUGCCCUCAAACAAUCUGCCGAGGUCUAUGUGAGGUCUGACAGCACAAUUGAUGAAGCAGAGGGGGUGAGUAAGUUCCUCAAUGAAACCACAGCUCAGUGGAAGCACCUGGCUCUGGAGGUGCGGAGUGUGCGCAGUAUGCUGGAGGAGGUGAUCUCUAAUUGGGACAAGUACAGCAGCACAGUGGCUUCUCUACAGGCCUGGCUGGAGGAUGCAGAGCUAAUGCUAAACCAAUCAGAGACUGUAAAACGGGAUUUUUUCAGAAACUUGUCCCACUGGAUUCAGCAGCACAUGGACAUGAACGAUGCUGGAAACUUCCUCAUUGAAACGUGUGAUGAAACUGUAUCCAGAGAUCUGAAGCAACAGCUCCUCCUACUGAACGGGAGGUGGAGAGAGCUCUUUGUCAAAGUCAAACAUUAUGCAAGAGCAGAUGAAGUUGAUAAGUUGAGGCAGGACUAUCAUGAUGGGAUCAACACCCUCAAAAUGUUUAUGGAUGCAACUGAUGAGAAGAUGACUGCUCCCAUUCAAGUGUCUUUCCUCAAUGUUCGAGCUUUUACACAAGAUGUUGAGGAAAUUAAACAUAAAGUCCCAGCUAUGGAGGCAGCCUGUAAAGCAGCGUGCCGCACUGCUCAGCUUUUGACUAAAGACACUCCACAAGAAGAGGUUUCACAGAUGAAUGCUGUGAUGGCAUCAGUCAAGGAGCAACUGAGCAAGGUGAGAGAAAGGUGUCUACCUUUACUGAAGGAGUCCCAGUCUCUUCUGCCUCUGCUGGAGGAAAUGGAGAAAAACAUCACAGGGUUUUAUCAGGCUCUAGAGAAGGCCAGUCACAUCACGAGCUCCACGGACUCUGAGGGACCAGUGGACUUCAAACAGAGAUGCCAGGAGCUGGCGACGUUCACACACAGCUGUAAGAAGUGUCUGACAGUGAUCGAGAGGAACCACCAAAGCAUUCAGAAAAUAAUGAACACCAGUAAAACUCUACAGCACAUGGACAUGGGGCUGCUGCAGAAGAGAGUUGGUGACCUACAGGCUGCAUCACAAACCAUGAUAAAUGAAUCAAAUGAGUGGAGGAGACACAUGGAGGCAAACAGCAACCUGAUGAAGAGGUUUGAUGAAUCAAGGAUUGAGCUGGAGAAAGUGCUCAAAAUUGCUCAGACCUGUUUCACCGAGAGAGGCAACCCAGAGGAGCUGCUCAAAAAACACACUGAGUUUUUUGGCCAACUGGACCAGCGUGUCUUGAAUUCAUUCCUCAAAGCUUGUGAUGAUCUCACUGACAUUUUACCAGAGCAGGAGCAACAGUCUCUCCAAGAAACUGUUAGAAAACUACAUAAACAUUGGAAGGAUAUCCAGACCGACGCUCCAUUUCACCUGCUGCGUCUCAAAGUGGAAGGGGAGAGGACUAAAUUAUCCACGUGUCUUCAGGAGUGUCAGACUGAAGUGACCCGAGAGAACAGACAUCUGGCCAGUAUGGGCAGUGAGAGGCUCAUCAAGGAGCACAGGGCUUUUUUUAGAGAUAAGGGGCCCCUGUCCAUCUGUGAGAAGAGGCUUCAGUUGAUGGAGGAACUGUGUCAGAAACUCCCAGAGGAUGAUUCAACUCAUCAGGUCAUGGAGACUGCAAGAAAAGACUUUGCGGAGGUCCGAGAGGAGAUCGACAGCACCUAUUUGAAACUACUGCAGCACCAGGACAAAUGGAAGGACUACAAUGCAAGAUAUGCAGAACUGUCCUGCUGGCUUAUAUCAAAAGAAAGUCAACUGAGGCUUUUGAGAACCAGAGCCAACGACCCCAGGAAGUACAAUCAGGUCAAAGCCACCAUUAUGGAGCUGAGGAGUGAUGCAGAGCUACAGGAGGGGAACCUGAGCUGGCUCAAGGCACGCAUGGCUGUGCUCCUAGAGGUCUGUGCUGACAGUGAUGGGCAGAGGCAAGCCAGUGCCCUCAGCAAACUCUCCACUGACUUCAAGAACCUCCUGGUCUCACUAAUAGAGGCUGAGAAGAUGAUUUUAGCUGUGGGAGACUGUGUUCAAUUCAGAGAGGAAGUGCAGAGUACCCUGGAUGAUCUGGUUCAGGGGCAGAAAGAGUCUCAGGCCGAGGUCGCCAGAAUCCUGGACUCACCGACUGUUAGAGAGGCACAACAACUACUGCUGGUUUAUCAGCAACUCCUAAAGCGCUUGAAGCUGAAGAGAAGGGACGUGCAGCAGCUCAUGACCAGGGGGCAGCAGCUCCAGGCCGAGGAGGGCGUGGGGGACAGUCUGCAGCAGGACCUGCAGUGUCUCGAAAACACACUCAGCAAAAUGGAGCAAAACAUGGACUCACAGGAGCAGAGCCUGGAGGUGACACUGGCAGCAUGGCAGGAAUUUGACAGCCAACAGGAGGCAGUGCUUGAGUUUGUCUCAAAAGCUCGAUCUACAAUGGAGAGAGAUAUGAACUUCAGCAGCCCUGAGAGCCUGGCUGUGGAGCUAGACCAGGCCAAAGUGUUAUUGAAACAGUGUGAAGCAGAAGUCCAUCAUAUGAAUACUUUAUCUAAAAGAGCCACAGAAAUUCAGCUUGGUCCCAAGAAUAAAAAUCUCCUGGUUCAACAAGCUCGAACUCUCAGUGAGCAAGUGGAUCAAGUUGAGUCUGGGCUUAAGAAAGAUGUUAAGACCCUGGAAGACAUGAAGCACCAAUGGGAGCAGUUCAUAGCUGGAUUUGAAGGAUUUUCUGUGUGGAUUUCUGCAAAGGAAAAACAGUUGGAAGUCAUCAGAACACCAUCUCUACCUUUGGAUGAACAAAUUAAGACCGUAAAGACUGUGAGUGUGGAGGUGCAGGAGCGUGCUGAGGUCCUCUCUCAGCUGGAGGCAGAGUCCCAGGCCUUGGCCCAGUUUGUGUCUUCAGGGGAGGGCGCUCGGGUCAAAGCUCGCCUCACUCAGGUUCGACGAUACUGGGAAGAGCUGAAGGACAGUGUGCAGCAGUUAGAUACACAACUGGAAGAGAGCUCUUCGCAUAAGCAAAAAUUCAAAGCUGGACUGGAGGAAGUCCAAGCAUCUAUUGGUGAACUUCAUACGAAACUAGAGGACCCCAUUAAAUCCUGCACUUCUUCAUCAGACACAUAUGAAACUCUUCAGAAUCACAUGGAAGUGUGUCAGAACUUGGAGAGGCUGAAGGGCUCUUUGCUGUCGCUCACGGCUGGAGCUCGAAGACUCAGUGACAGAGAGGAAGCAGAGAGAACAGUGGCAGAUCUGAACAGCCAAUAUGACCACCAUUUACAAGAGGCAAAGGACAAGCAAAGGGAACUGGAGAGUCUGCUGUCUCACUGGCAAAAGUAUGAGAAACAGCAGUCAACCUUUAUUUCAUGCUUGGAAAGGUGUGAAGCAGCAUCUAAACCAGAAAGUCAGUAUCUUUCUGCUGACAAAGCAAAGCUACGCAAUGAGCUACAAGACUUGCAGUCAUUGCAGUGUGAAGUCCACACUCUUGAAUCUUCCUAUCUGGAGCUCAUGUCUUUGGGGACAUUACUGUAUUCCUCUGCACCGAAGGAGAAAGUGGCCCAGCUAAAAGAAGACCUUGAGACUCUACAAAAACGAUUAAACAUUCAAAAAGCAGUCAUACCUCAGAGAAUUCAGAACCUCCACAGCCACUUAUCACUGGUGGAGCAGCUCGACCAAGCAUUACUGAAAUUCUCACAGUGGAGUGACUCCAUGCUUUCAAAUUUACACUCCUCAUCUCAAAUUAACAUCAACAACCUGCAAGAUGCUGCCUCACAUGUGAAGGAGACACAAGCUGCCUUGGAGAAGCAGUCUGGGGUGAGGCAGAGUUUGGACCAACAGGCUGGCAAACUCUGUCAAUUUUGCGAGCCUGGAGACUCUGAAGUGCUCCGCAGUCGAGCUGAAAGUUGUCUCCAGCCUUAUAUGGAAGCUACGCAACUCGCUGAUCUCCAACUGGAAUGCAUAGAGAGACUUGAAGCUUUCCUACAAACCCAUAGUGUCGCUGCAGGAGUUUUACAUGGUCUCAGACAGACCGUGGAAAGCGCUGGAAGCUGGGACAGAGGACGAGUGGAGGAGCUUCAACAGGAACUGGCUACUAUUGUCCCGGACAUAAGCCAGCUUGAAACCUUAGCUGUCAAUUUGGAUAGCAGUCUAUGCAAAAGUCAUUUACAUAUCGGUGCUGAAAAGGGGACACGUAAGUCGUGUAGGAUGUUGGCAGAUGCACUCAGUGCUGAAUUGGACACUGUGAGGAAUUUGCUUGGGUCAAAACAAAAUGAAGCAGAGGCACUUGGGGCAUUAUGGACAUCUUUUAGACAAAGAAAAGAACAGCUACUCAAAACGGUGGAGGAUAUUGAAGAGAAAGCAGACCACCAGAGUUUCAAAGAGCCCACGCUGCAUGCAGUACAGCAGAGGUUGCGAUUCUUUAAUCAGCUUGAGGAUGAGCUACAGUCUCACCAGCAUGAGGAGCAGUGGUUAAGGGACAAGGGAAACCAACUGGCCAAGAGAGAUGCAGAGCUCGGUGGGGAAGUGCUCCGUGAAAUCAGCCUCCUGGAGACCACCUGGGACGACACCAAGAGACUCAUAACUGAAAGACAAGAACAAUGCAAUGUCCUUGUUGAGCUCAUGAGGGAAUAUCAAGCCUUAAAAACAUCUAUAAGUGGCAUUAUUGAAGGAGCAGAGUCUAUUAUUGACAUAAGUUCUGUUUUAAAAGACUAUGAAGAAAGCAAGAAAUUACUUUCAAAGCACGAGACUGUCAAGAUUGAUAUGGCAAGCAAGCAGUAUGAACUAGACCAGUUUUCAAACAAAGGAAAGCAACUUGUGGUUGAAUUAAAGAAGAUUCCAGACUGUGAAUCUCAAAUAUUGAAAAAAGAUGCUGAGACAAUUGUUGAUCACUGGCUGGAUGUCUCAGAAAAGAUUGAUGACAACAUUGAGCAUCUAAACCAGAGUUUGAUGGCGUGGGAGGACGUACGCAAAAUUAGUGAAGACAUUGAGAAUUGGACCAACCAUUGUGCAGUUGAACUGAAUGAAAGCCUUGCUAACCUCAAUGACAGUCAAAAGCUCUCUGCGAGACUCGCCGCACUUCAGACUGAAAUGACUGAAAAGGAGCAGAACCUUGUAACUUUUCAAAGCAGAAUCUCAGAGUUAAAGAAAUGCAUUCAAAGUCUAGAAACUCCUGCAAGGCUACAGGUUUUGGAGAAUGACCUACGCAAGAAGAUGAAUUCAGUUCAGAAGUUGCAUGAGCAAGCCAAAGGAAAUCUAAUAGACUUCAGUUCACAAAGGAAACAGCUGGAGGACUAUAUCUCACAAAUGUCAGCCUGGCUCAAAAGUAUGCAGGACACUUUGGUUUCUUCACCAACAGGAUCUGACCCGGAGGACAUUGGCAGAGUCAAGGAAAUUCAAAAGGAGCUCCAAAAUCAACAGGGAAGUAUUGAUGCCACCAGAGAAAGCCUGAAUACACUGUGUAGAAAAUACCCCUCUGAGGAGCUGGCCUGUCUGGGUUCAGCUCUCACUGACCUCAUUAAAACUUAUGAAGCUGUGAACCAGCUUUCCACCCGCACCCUGGUCUCACUGCAAACCUGUCUCCAACAGCAGUUCAGUGAUUUGGCUCAGGAGUUUCAUCGCUGGCUUUCAGAGCAAAGAGAGAUAGUUAAAGAGUGCUCUGACAGAUCUGGAGACACUUACAUUGUGGACCGAAAACUGCAAAAGAUAAAGGGUGCCAUGGAGAGGGUGGAGGAGGGUGAGGUGCGCCUGACUCAGGUCUGUGAAGAGGGAGAGAAGCUGCUCCUCCAUCUGCCCAAAGCCAGUGCGGGACAGGUCCAACAACACCUGUCCUCCAUACAACAGGACUGGGACAGCUUUGUGGAGCAGUGCAGACAAAACCAGCAAAUAUUGGAAGACAGUGCAUCUCUUAUGAAGGGGUUUGAGAGUCGCCUUAAGAAACUGAAAUGGUGGUUGGAGCACAUGGAAAAAAGGAUGACCACAGAUUUUCUUGAGACCAAGCAGCGAAGUCCUGAAAAAGUUGUGCUUGAACAAGUGGAAGAGUUUCAACAAGAAGUGCUAAAAGAAAGGGACUCUUUUGAGCGUCUGUGUCAGGAGGCCCAGGCGCUGAAUGAAGGCGGCAGAGGAGACGGCAGUGAGACCCGAGUGUCCGCUCAGCUCCAGUCUCAGCACCAGGCUCUGCUUCGGAGAGGGAGGGACCUCCUCCGCUCUUGUCAGCUCACCCUCCAGGAGCAGCAGGCCUUUGAGGACACUUUGCAGGCCACAUGGACCUGGCUCAGUAUGGUCCAGGAGAGGCUGGCUUCACUCAACAGCACCGUGGGCAACAAGGAGACGCUUGAGAAGAGAUUAGGACUUGUACAGGAUAUUCUAUUGAUGAAGGGUGAAGGUGAGGUCAAGCUCAAUAUGACAGUAGGUAAAGGGGAACAGGUCCUGAAGCACAAUCGAAUGGAAGGACAGGAGGCCAUCUGCUCCCAGCUGCAGAGUCUGAAGGACGCAUGGGCCAAUAUGCUCAUGACCUCCAUGAGCUGUCACAGUCGUUUGGAGUGGACAGUGACACAGUGGGGCAGUUUCCAGGACAACCGUAGCCAGCUGCAGCAGUGGAUGGAGAGUGUGGAGCAGGAGUUGGGGAUGACCCUUCCUCAGCAGCCUGGUCUGAAGGAGAAGUGUGCCCUCCUGGAACGACUGCGAGCCCUCCAGGCUGAUGUGGAUGCUCAUGCUGCGGUACUGUCCCGUCUGACUGAGAAGGCAGUGGAGAUGCACGAGAAAACGGCUGACCCCACCUUUGGACCGGAGUCAAGGGCGGAGCUCAGUGCACACUUUGCAGAUAUUUCAGCGGUGGUUAAGGGUAAAGUGCAGUCCAUGCAGAACAUCGUGUCAGAACAUGAGCAGUACCUGGAUGCUGUGAGGGACUUUAAUGAUUGGUUGAUCUCAGCCAAAGAGGAGCUUCAGCGCUGGUCCGACCUGUCUGGAGACUCUCUGUCCAUAAAGAGGAAACUAUCUAAAGUCCAGGAGCUGCUCGACUCUAAACAACGAGGCAGAGAGAGGCUGAACCGCGUCCAAAGAUGUGGUGCUGUGGCGAGGGAUCACACUGGCUCUGGAGGAUAUGAAGCCAUGGAGCGAGAGGAGGCCGCCUUGCUGUCAUCAUGGGAACAAUGGGAGCGGGGGGCACUACAGACCAGGGCUAGUCUGGAAACUACCCUGUCCCAAAUUGCCAGCUCAGAGCAGGAGUUCACCAGCCUCUCUGCUCAACUGGAGCACGAUCUACAUGAUUUCAACCGACUGCUACAUCAAUGGCGUCUUAAGCUAACUCAAGCUGAGGCCAAAACUGAUGGAGAGGAGGCUGUAAAAGGAUGGGAAAUGGCAAAGGACACGUUAGAGGAACUGGUUAAAGCUGAGCCCUUGUCUGACAGCUUGAAAACCCAACUGAAUGAUUUGUGUCGAUUCUCUAAAGACAUGGGAACACAGUCUGAGAGAGUGUCUGCACUAAUAAAGGAAUAUAACAGUCUGAGCCUGAAGGCCUCCAGAGAGUGUCAGAGCAAAGAAAAGCUAUUGGACCAGUGUUUCCGUGCGACUUUCAGAGAGUUUCAGCAGUGGCUUGUCAACACUAAGAUCAACACAGCCAAGUGCUUUGACGCCCCUCAGAAUCUCAGCGAGGCCUCCUCAAGCCUGCAGAAAAUACAGGAGUUUUUAAAUGACAGAGAACAAGGCCAGUCCAAGCUGAAUGCUGUGGCUGUGAAUGGGGAGCUCGUCUGCAGUGUGGCACCCAAAGACAAAGUGGAUGCAGUUCGGGUUAAAAUGAACACAGCUCGUGAAGACUGGAAGAGUAUAAUGUCCAACCUGCACAACAGAGAGACUAAUUUACAAAAUCUGGUGUCUCAAAUGAAGGAUUUUGAAGCCAGUGCAGAACCUCUUCAGGACUGUCUGAAUGUCACAGAGCUGGCUGUGCAGGAGAGCAGCACCCGACUACAUGACCUUACAGCCAAGAAACAGGAGCUACACAAACUUCAGUCUGUGCUUGAGGAGUUGGCUUCUCAGGAGGUGCAGCUCUGCAGGCUCAGGGAAAAAGCGCAGCUGCUGUGGGAUGAGCACGCAGCCGGGAAGGGCUUUGUGCAUCGCGUCUCUCAGCUCUCUGCUCAGUACCUCGCUCUAACCAACCUCACCAAGGAGAAGGCCUCUAGAAUUGACCGCAUUGUCAAUGAGCACCAGCUGUUCUCCCAAGGGCUGAAGGAGCUCCAGAACUGGGUGGCAGACACCAGCCACAUGCUGCAGACCUACUGCGCCCCUACGGUGGAUAAAAAUGUUCUGGACAGCAGGAUGAUCAAAGUGGAGGCUUUGCUAACAGCUCGUCAGGAGAAAGAAAUCCAGCUGAAGAUGUUGAUCACAAGAGGAGAGUCAGUCCAGAGGAAUACAUCCUCUGAUGGUGUACCUGCUGUGCAGAAACAAAUACAGGAGCUGAAAGACUCCUGGGACGCCCUACUCUCUGCAUCCAUUCAGUGUAAAAGUCAGCUGGAGGGCUCCCUGUCCCAGUGGACCAGUUACCAGGAGGAUGUCCGACAGUUUGUGACAUGGAUGGAGCGAGUGGAGGAGAGUCUAGACCCCGCUGAUAAGCACUGUCCUGAGAUGAGAGACAAGACGGCCAAUCUGAGCAAAGCAAAGUUGUUGUAUGAAGAAGUCUUGAGUCACAAUGCUCUUCUUGAGACUAUUACAGCAAAGAGUCUCAGUAUUUCUGAAAACUAUGUGACUCAACUUGAGCUGCAAGAUCUACAAGAGCGCUACAACACCAUCAAGGACAAUGCUAUGAAAGGAGUGGGUAAAGCAGAGGAGUUGGUGAAGGCCCAUCAGGAGUAUCAGCGCGGCCUUCAUGCAUUUGAGGAGUGGCUGGAGCAGGAACAGGAGAAGCUUGGGUGCUACAUGCAGCUGGAGGGAGAUGUGGACAUGCUGGAAGACACUCUACAAAAGUUACAGGAACUGCAGCUCCACUGUACUGAAGGCCAAGCGUUGCUGAACACUUUGUUGGUGAGUCGGGAGCAGGUCCUCCCCUGGGGCCUGCCCCAAAUCGAGGACCGUUCCCUGGAGACUCUGCAGCAGGAGUGGAGGCUAUACCAGGCCCGACUGGCUGAAACACGCUCCCAGCUCAACAGUGCUCUGGCCAAACUCAGGCAGAUGGAGCAGAAAUUUCAGUGUCUGGACAACUGGCUCAAAGGCAUGGAGACUAAAGCUCAGCUGAGGACUCACAGACGAUCUGACCGCACCACCAAAGACGCACAACUUCAGCUCAUAAAGAGUUGGCAGGAGGAAGUGCUUGUUUACCAGGAGGAGAUGGAGGGCCUCAGUGUUUUGGCUCAGCAGGUCCUGGAUGAAACACACAUCAGCUCCAGGAUCAGCUCCAGAGCCACUCAGAUCACUGCACGCUACCAUGCCCUCUUGCUGCACUUACUGGAAACAAUCAAGCAGCUACAAGAGGAAGUGUCUCGCAUUGUAGAGGCUCAGAGCAUUGUCACAACCUUUACGGACUGGCUCAGUACAGCUCAGAAUAACUUCAGCACUGUGGCAAUAAGUGUUGAUGUAGUCGACCGGUUUGCCAUGGAGAGAAAGAUGAAGAAACUUGAGUCUUUUCAGACUGAUAUGGAGCAGGGCCACACUUACCUGAAAACAAUGAGAGAAAAAACUGAACGUGCCAUGGCUUUCCUGGAGGAGCCUGAAGCUGAACAGCUGAAAGAGGAAGUGGAUGCUCACCUCUCCCAGCUCGAGAGCCUAAUGUUGGCUCUACGGGCUGAACACAGCUCCUUGGAGAAAUGCAUAUCACUUUCCAAAGACUUCAUGGAUAAAUAUAAAACGCAGGCGCAAUGGGUACUGGAGACCAAGAAUUUGUUAGCUGCAACUGUGGAACCUAAAGCAGAACUCUACCAGAAGAAAGCCCAGCUUGCAAAAUAUAAGACAGUUCAGCAAACAGUGCAGUCCCAUGAACCAACUGUGAAAUCUGUGAUAGAGAAAGGAGAGGCUCUGCUUGAGUGGAUUCGUGAUCCAACAAUCCGUGAUAACAUGAAAAAACUGCAAGCAGACUACCAAGAUCUGUGUCUAGCUGCCAAAAUCCAUGUUCAAAACCUUGUGGAUUGGGUGAAAGAGCAUGAGGACUACAACAGUGAGCUGCAAGAAGUGGAGAAAUGGCUUCUUCAAAUGUCCAGUCGUUUGGUCACCUCUGACUCGAUGCAAACUAGCAGCAUGGAGAUGGCUACACAACAACUGGCCCGACACAAGGCAAUAAUGGAGGAGAUUUCGAGUUUUGAGGAUCGUCUCAGCAGCUUGAAGCAGAAAGGAGAAGAUCUUGUGGCAAGUUGUACGGGUCAAGUUCAAGCAAAAGUCAGUCAACAAAUCCAAGCUCACCAACAGGGGGCGAGAGACAGCUACUCUGCCAUUUGUAGCACUGCACAGCGGGUUUACCAAAGUCUUGAUCGUGAGCUGCAGAAACACGUGAGCCACCAGGAUACUCUAGAGCAGUGUCAAACAUGGCUCUCCACUGUUCAAAAAGAGCUUCAAGUCAAUGAUCAGGGCCCAUCUGGGCUACAGGAGGCACUCAAACAGGUGAAGCAUUACAGGGCGCUUCAGGAGCAGGCCAGCACUUACCUGGAUCUGGUCUGCUCUGUGUGCGAUCUGUCUGAUGACUCAGUGAGAGUGACAGCUGCAGAGGUCCAGCAAGUCAAGCUAACAAUUGAGGAGCGUAUGUCCAGGUCACAGGAGCUGUCUGAGGGUUGGCGGCAGAUCAGAGACCAGAAGCAGGACCUUACCGCUCUCUUUCAGGACCUGGAGCAGCAGCUGCUCAGCCUCUCCAGACGACCUGCAGAACUUGAAAUCAAAAUUGCUCAAAACAUGCUCUCACAGGCCAAGGAUUGCAGCCAGCUCCUUCAGUCAAAACAGAGCACUCUGACUCUGAUGUCUGAGACUGCGAGUCGUCUGAUGGGAGGUCACGGUUCACAGGAGCACUCUGACCUGGACCGCCUCAGUGACACGUGGGUGGAGCUGUGUAAUCAGGCCAACAGACUGCAGAACCAGAGGGAGGAGGACCUGCAGAGGGCGCAAGAGUACCACGACUGCAUCAGUGCAGUGGAGGUGCUCUUUGAACAGGUGUCCAAAGACUGGGACAAUCUGGCCAGAACUGAUGCUGAAAGUUCAUCUCAACAUCUGGAAGCUCUACGUCAACUUGCAGUAACUCUUGAAGACCAGAAGGGGGCUCUUGAGGACUUGAAGGAGCAGAAACAAAAAGUCAUUCAACAUCUCAAUUUAGAUGACAAGGAACUGGUAAAAGAACAAAUCAGUCAUUUUGAGCAGCGAUGGAUGCAGAUGCAAAACCUAAUUGAGAAGAAGGUACAGGAUUCAAUGGUGACACUGGAGGACAUGAGCCAAGUGGAGACCCGUUUGAGAGAGGCUCGUGAUUGGGCAGAGGAGCAGCAACCCGCUCUAUCAGAAGCCAUGAAAAUGAGCCCACCUCCAGAACUGGCACAAAGCUUUCUAUUUGACCACUUAAGUAUAUGCAGCGAACUGGAGGCCAAGCAGCUUUUACUGGACCAAGCCAUGACUGAUGCUGAUCGGGUGAUGGCUAGGUUAGGUCUAAGUGAACGCCAGAAUCUGCAGCAGCUUAUUUCCGACACACAAAAUGUAGUAGAGUCUUUAAGUGUCAAAGUGGUACAAAGACGGAAGCAUCUUAGCAAAGCAUUCACAGAGAGGACGCAGUUUUUGUUAGCGGUGAACCAGUCAAUAUCGUGGGUCCAGCAGAAUGAAAAGAAAGCCCAAGCAGAGGAAUACAUUGCUUUGCUACCAGAAGAUUUGGCCAAGCAAGUCAGAACAUGUAGGAACAUUCAAAGCAGCCUUAAAGCUUAUCAGAGUGAACUUACUUCAUUGUGGUCUCAGGGAAGGGACUUAAUGAGGGUUGCAAGUGAGGAGGAAAAAAAUGAAAUACUAACCAAGCUACAAGAAUUGCAGAAUAUUUUCGAUCGGACGCUACAUAGAUGUGGGCAAAAACUACAAGAGCUAGAGAAAGUUUUAGUAUCUCGCAAAUAUUUUAAGACAGAUUUGGAGAAGAUUUGCCAGUGGUUAAAGCAAGCAGAUAUUGUCACUUUUCCAGAAAUCAAUCUAAUGGUAGGUGAUGCUGAGUUGGAAACACAAUUAUUUAAAUAUGAACAAAUUAUUGAACAGGCAAUUGAAUAUGAAAAUUUAUUGCUUAUUGUGCAAAGGGCUGGGCAGGAGAUUUUGCCCACUUUGAAUGAGGUGGACCAUUGUUUUUUGGAUGAAAAGCUGAAUACCUUACCUCAACAGUAUAACAGUAUUUUAACAUUAGCCAAAGAGAAGCAUGAGAAAAUCCAACAAGCUAUUUUUACUAGAAACGAAUAUGCCUCCUUCAUCGAUGUAACACACAAAGCACUUAAAGAACUUGAGGAGCAGUAUAACCAUCUUGGCACUCAGCCUGUUGGUUUACAAACUGAAGAAGUGUUGAAUUUGCAAAGUGACUACAAAGCAAUGCAAGCAGACCUUAGCAGCUUGGGUCUAGCUGUGAGUGAACUGAACCAGAAAAAGGAGGGCUUUCGGAGCACUGGACAGCCGUGGCGCACAGAGGAAAUGACCCUACUUGUCAGUUUGUAUAAUAGUUUAAAACGCCUAGUUGAACAGAAAGUUGAACAUUUGGAUGAAACUUUGGAGUCAUUUGAGGAUCACAAAGCUAUGGCAAUGCAAGUCGACUCUGAACUGAGGGCAACAAAAGAACAGCUAGUCAGGGUAAACUCUGAAACACAAUCAGCAGAGGAAAGAUUGAAAAAUUACCAUGCACUUGCAGGUAGUUUGCAUAAUGCAGAUUCACAUUUAUCAAGGCUUAUGGAACAAAUGGACACUCUUGCACCGCGUGUUGACCAAGCCGCCCAAGACGCAUCCAAAGAGCAAAUCGUUUCGUGGCAGGAAGAGCUGAGAUCCUUACAGUCUGCAGUCGGUGAGCUGAUAGAGGAGUGUGAAAACAGGUUUGUCCAGAGUAAAGAUUUUGAGACAGAGAUGAAAAGGACACUAGAUUGGCUGCAGCAGGUGAGGGAUGAUUUGAGCACAGCAGUGAUUGUGGAUGUGAGAGUGGAGAAGGUCCAAGAGGAGAUCAGGAAGCAGCAAAUCAUGCAGGAGGAAGUUCAGUCCCGCCUCAGGAUCGUGGCAGCUCUGAGUUCAAGAGAGAAACAGAAAUACAUCAGUGCCAAUGAACUGGUCCCAGUCCACCUCGAUACAAGCCUGGAGGAGAUGGCCAAGCUGCAGGCCGAUGUUCAGAAGGCACUCAGCUCCAAAUUGAUUACCCUAGAGGAAGCCCUGGUGCUAUGUCAGAAAUACCACUUCCGGAUGCAGUCAGCCUGUGAGUGGCUGGAGGAUGCCGUGUCUUUCCUCCAACAAGCCAGCCUCGGCGUGGACGUGGAGAACUAUGAGGAGUGUCUGAGGCAGCAGGAGGACAUCAUGGUCACGGAGCAGGAGUUUCUGAUACAUUUAGAUGAGCUGCAGACUCUUCUCCCUCAGCUACAGACACUGGUGAACCCCACAGCGAAAGAGCAGCUCAGGGUCAGUGUAGAAUCAGCUAAACAGAGAGGAGCGGAGGUCCAUGAUCAGCUGCAGUGCCACCAGGAUGUCCUGCAUAGCUGUGUCGCCCAGUGGAAGUCCUACCAGGAGGCCAGACAGACCGUCAUUGAACUAAUGAAUGAAGCUGAGAAGAAGCUAACUGAAUUUUCUACUGCAAAGGCAGCUACAAGCCAAGAGGCCGAGGACAAACUUUGCAGCCAUCGGUCCCUUGUGUCACUGGUGAAUGGUUUCCAAGAGAAGCUGAGUGAGUUGGAGGAGCAGGCCUCUCAGUUGGAGUUGGUGGGCAGCGAUGCGAGUAAAGCCACCAUCAGCCGCUCCAUGACCACCGUUUGGCAGAGAUGGACUCGCUUACGUAGCGUGGCCCGGGGACAGGAGAGAGUACUGGAGGACACUGCACAUGAGUGGUGGACAUUUAGAGAGAAGAUGGUGAAGGUGAAAGCAGUAGCCGAUGAGCUGCAGAGCCGGGUCCCUGACACUGCUGUGGAAAAGGCCUCUAAAGCUACACUUCUAUCUCUCCUGGAUCAACACGAGCUGUUGAGCCAGGACCUGGAGAGAGAGCUCUCCUCACUGAUGCUGCUGAGACAAUACGCUCUGAGUCUGUUACACGACAUGGAAGUGCCCUCUCCCACAAGUGAGCAGGACGAACUGCCCAGCCUGCGAGAGAUCAGGGCUGUGCAAGAACAAAUGGAGAGCCUUCUGACACAGUCCCGCACCAAGCGAGCUCAAGCUGCUCAGGAGCUCAGAGACAGAGAGGAAGUGGAGAAGGAGCUGAGUGUUGUAAAGACGUGGAUUCAAGAAACAAGAGAGCUAUUGCUAAAUCCAACACCAGAUAUCGAUGCCUUACUGCAGGAACUUGAGAUUGUGCAUGGAGAUGUGAUCAGUUAUCGACAGAAUGUGGAUAAGUUAGCAGAACAGCAGCAGAGCAAGUACCUGGAUCUCUACACUAUACUCCCCUCUGAGAUCUCUAUGCAGCUGGCUGAAGUUUCCCUGGCCUUAGGAGCUAUUGAGGACCAGGUUCUUUCUAAAGAACGAGAGAUUCAGAAAACCAGAGAAAUCAAAGAAAACUUUAGCUCCAGGAUCCAUGACAUCUCUGAGAAACUCAAAGCAGUUUCAACUAAAUUUAAAGAAAAAUCCCCCGAUGUGGAUCAUGCCAAAGAGGAAGUAAAGAACUUGGUGGAGGAUCUGGACUCCUGUGGUCGGACUCUUGCUGAACUGGAUGCUGCAGUUCAAGACUUCAGUCGCAGAAACCCAUUUUUAGCCAAACAACUCAGUGACGCCAUCAGUAAACUGUCAGAGAUGCACCACCACACGUCCCGACUGGCAGACUGCAGGAACAACUGGCUCAAAAAGGCUGUGUGCUAUUUAGAUGAAUACAAUGAGAUGCUUGACUUCAUUGUGAGAUGGUCUGAAAGAGCCAGGGGUCUAGUAAGAGCCAACAUCAUCUGGAACUCAUCUGUACAUCUUCAGGAGCAAAUACGCUUGUACCAGUCUGUCCUUCGUGAGUCUCGAGAGCUUCAUGGAGAUCUUGAAUCGAUGGCGGAGAAGGUGGAUCUCCUGUCUGAGGUGCUGCAGGUGGAGUCUAUGAGCCAACAGGUGUGUGAGCUCAGCCGACACACAGAGGAGCUGCAACAGAGCAUCAAGAUACGCCUGCAGAGCCUGGAGGAUGCAUACAAGAGUAUGGAAGCUUUAGAAUAUGAAGUGAAAGCUCUACAUGUUGCUUUGGAGCAAGUCCAGGCCACACUGACAUCACCAGAACUGGCCCGACAGAGCCUCAAAGAACAGCUGGCUCAGAGACAACGUUUAUUGGCCGAUAUGGAGGGCUUUAAGCAGCAGGUGCAGGCCGUACAGCUGUGUCAGAGCGCUUUGAGGGUCCCAGAGGAGGUGAUGCCCAACCUGGCCAUCUGCCGCACUGCUCUGAGGCUGCAGCAAGAGGCCAGUCAACUGCAGCAUGUGGCCAUACAACAGUGCAAUAUACUCCAGGAGGCAGUUGUGCAGUAUGAGCAGUAUGAACAGGAGGUGAGAGAUCUACAGGGGCUGAUAGAAGAAGCACAUCGGACCAUUCAGGACAGGCCCAUCCCAUCCAGCAACAUCCAGGAGCUACAGGCUCAGAUCCUACACCACGAGGAACUAGCACAGCGAAUUAAAGGAUACCAAGAGAAGAUUGCAUCCCUUAACUCCAAAUGUAAGAUGUUGGCAGUGAAGGCCAAGCAUGCCACCAUGUUACUGACUGUGACUGAUGUUGAGGAGCUGCCCGAGGAGUUGGAUGGGGACAAAAAGAAACUGUCUUCACAAACUGUUACGAUGACCGCUGGCCGCUGUCACACGCUUCUGUCUCCUGUCACUGAAGAGUCUGGAGAGGAGGGCACUAACAGUGAGAUCUCUUCACCUCCUGUUUGUCGCUCUCCCUCUCCUGUCACUUAUUCAGAGCCCACUGUCUCCAAGAUGGGAAGAGGAACACUUAUAAGAGCUCCUAUUCAAGAGCUGUAUGACCCAACGUUUGACUCCGUGGCCCACCUGGAUGACCUGCAGCGAUCGUGGGAGAGUUUGAAAAAUGUGAUCAGUGAGAAGCAGCGGUCCCUGUAUGAAGCCCUAGAGAAGCAGCAGCAUUACCAGGGUUCACUCCAGUCCAUUUCUUCCAAAAUGGAGACUCUGGAAAACAAACUGAGUGAGCCACUAGAGGGAGAUAUCAGCCCUGACAGCCACAUAAGAGACCAUCAGGACAUCAUUAGGGAAAUCCAAACAGUUCAGGAUGAAAUCGACAGGCUGCAAUUGAACUUCACAGAGGACCUUGUGUCGGAUUCUGUAGACUCAGAGAUGGCUGACCAGCUGGCCAUGCAGUCGUCUCUGUCUGUGUUGGCCGAGAGGAUGGCCACAAUACACAUGAAGGCGUCAGGGAAACAACAGCAGCUGGAGGAGUGUGUUAGUGAUCGUUUGGAGGGCCAGCGUCAGGAGCAGGCCAUUUACCAGUAUCUGACUGAGGCGGAGGACCUGGAGCAGUGGCUGAGCACGGCCCAGACCACUGCUGAGUCUUUGCUGGAGCUCACACCUACAGAGGAAGAGGAGAUGGAGAAACUCCUCACAGACUGUCAGAACAUGCUGCUGGAGAUCGAAGAGAAGGUGCAGGCGCUGUCCGAGCUGACCAUGCAUAGUGACAGUCUCUUGAUGGAGGGGCGUGCUGAGACCAGGGAGGAGGCCGAGAGACUGAGCCGAAAACUGAGCACAGUGAAGGGCGGACUUCUGGAGCUGCAGAAGAUGCUACAGGACAAGCAGAGCAACAUUCAGGGCUCGCUGCAGGAGCAGGAGGACAGUGAGUCAGACUCUAGUCAAUCUCAAAGCCCCAAUGUGCAGGACUGGCUGGCCCAGGCCCGGACCACUCGCUCACAGCAGCACCAGGACACACUGCAGAGGCAGAAGGAACUUGAAGAACAGUUGGCUGAACAAAAGAAAUUGCUUCAGUCUGUGGCAAGUCGGGGAGAAGAGAUCCUCAUUCGACAGGCCUCUCCAAGCACUGCUGUGUUGGCAGAGCCUUUUUCACCAGAGGUUUUGGUCGAGAAGGAAGCCCAGAUUGCCCAUGAUCAGAUGAGGCAGAGGUGGGAAAGUCUGAAACUGGAGCUAAAAACUAAACUACAGCUUCUGCAGAAGACUUUGGAGCAGGACCAGAAACAACCGGUUUAUGCUCGUGCUCGGGUGACCACAUCUGGCCCAUUGUUUAAAGGACAAACUCAAGCUGACAAAUUGUCUCUGAAAACACUCUAUGACAGUUUCAGACAAACAAUAGAAGAUAUGACAGAUCAGCCUGGUGGAGAGGUCCAGGUGGCGCAGAUGGAGCAGCAGCUUUACACAGCCGUGGCCACCACCUCCUCAUGGCUCGAUGGUGUGGAGAACAAUGUCUUCUCUGGUUCAGUGCUGAUGGCUGAAAAUGCAGAAACACAACUUGAGAAACAAGAGACCAUGGAAAGUGACGUGAUGCAUGUGACGGAGGAUGUGAAGCUCAGUAGGUCUUUGUUAGUGGGGUCUUCCAGUCUGAGGCAAGAGGACCGGGUUCUGCUGGAGGACAACUUGGACUGUCUCAAAGAAAGACUAGGGACUCUGGGUUCUGCUUUAGGCCAGCGCUGUGACCACAUGAGAACCAGGGCGCAGGAACUCACUGCCUUCCAGACCGAGUUGCAGCUUUUCCACACUGCUUUUAUUGAGACCAAGUGCCAGAUUCUACAAGCCUUAGCUGGAGCCAUGGAUAAGCCAGCCUCCAAACAACUUGAGGUUAUUGCCAAUGCAGAGGAGAACUUGAAAGAUUUUGAACAAAGGAUCACAGAGCUCAAAACAAGAGGAGCAUUGUUACAAGCUGAUCAACUAUCUAUCAACAAACUGUUAAAGCUACAGGACUCAUAUGAGGAGCUGGUGAUGACAGUUGGUUGUCGGAGGAGUGGUCUGAAUCAGAACAUGGCACUGAAGGAGCAGUUCGAUCGAGCUCUGCAGGACCUCGCCGACCUGGUGGACACCGCCAAAGAUAAGAUGGCUGCCGACCACAGAGUCAUUGCCAGCUCUGUGGAGGAAGUACAGAGUCACCUGGACAAACAUAAGGAGUUUUUCCAGGGUUUGGAGACACAUAUGAUUUUAACCGAAACGUACUUCAGAAAGAUCAGUUCCCUUAUGCUUCCCAAAGAGAAUCAGGCUUUAGAGGAGACUAUGGCCCAGGCUCAAGAAAUCCUCAAGAAAGCACACAGUAAAGGAGUGGAGCUGGAGUGUGUACAUGAUACCUGGUGUCAUUUGGCGCAUGAUUACCAGUAUUUGAUUCAACAUCUGGAGGCUGUUGAGGGAAGCAUGCCCACGGUUGGACUGGUCGAGGAAACUGAAGACAAGCUGGUAGAGAGGAUUUCACUGUAUCAGGGUUUAAAGGGCAGACUGACGGAGCACCAGCACAGACUCCACCAGGUUUUGGAUGAGGGGAAACACCUGCUACAGUCUGUGUGCUGCCCUGGGCUGGAGAAUCAGUUGGCUGUAUUAGGAGAGCACUGGAUCAACAAUACCACAAAAGUCAACAAGGAGAUGCAGCGACUGGAGGCAACGCUCAAACACUGGAGCAGAUACCAGCGAGAGUGUGCAGAGCUGAGCGAGUGGCUGCAGUCAGCUCUGGAGCGGCUGGAGUUCUGGAACACUCAGGCUGUGUUAGUGCCUCAAGAGCUGGAGACCGUCAGGGACCAUCUCACAGCUUUUCUGGAGUUUUCCAAAGAGGUAGAGGGUAAGUCAAGCCUGAAGGCUUCAGUGGUGUCAGAGGGAAACCAGCUGCUGAGACUGAAGAAGGUGGACACAGUGGUUCUGAGGACUGAGCUGGGCCGCAUAGACACACAAUGGACUGAGCUGCUCACACGGAUACCAGUCGUCCAAGAGAAACUGCACCAGAUCCAGAUGGAGAAACUAGCCUCGCGCCAUGCUAUCUCUGAACUGUUCAACUGGAUAUCACUGAUGGAGAAUGUCAUCGAAGAAGAUGAGGAAAAUCUCAAGAGUGCAGUUGGUUCAAAUGUGAUUCAGGACUACCUGCAGAAAUACAAGGGUUUCCGGGUUGAUCUAACCUGUAAGCAGCUGACGGUGGACUUUGUGAACCAGUCCGUGCUGCAACUGAGUGGGCAGGAGGUGGAGGUGAAACGCAGCGAUAAGACAGACUUCGCUGAAAGACUUGGAGCCAUGAACAGACGUUGGCAAAUCCUACAGGGACGCAUCAAUGAAAGGAUUCAGUUCUUGGAGGGCCUGCUGGUCAUGUGGCUGGAGUAUGAGAGCAGUAUUCAAGCUCUGAAGUCCUGGAUGUCAACCCAAGAAGAGAGACUGAAGAGAAAACACCGGAUAGAAGACCUCACAUCUGUACAAAAUGCAGUUAAAGACUGCCAGGAAAUGGAGGACGUGAUAAAGGAGAAGGAGAAAGAGUUGGAGCGAGUUGAGGAACAGGGCUGUGCUCUGGUCCAGAAUAAAACAGAUGAGGCCUGUGCUAUCGUCAUGGAGACACUGCAAGGGGUCAAUCACACCUGGGCCAACCUCGACCACCUGAUUGGGCAGUUGAAAAUUAGCCUGAAGUCAGUGCUGGAUCAGUGGACCUUAUAUAAAAAAGCCUCAGAGGAGAUCAAUGGUUACCUGAUGGAGGGAAGGUACUCUGUGUCACGGUUUCGCCUCCUUACUGGAUCGCUUGAGGCUGUUCAGCUGCAGGUGCAAAGUCUACAGGAUUUGCAAGAAGAUCUGGAAAAACAGGAGAGCAGCUUGAGGAAGUUUGGUGCUGUCACCCACCAGCUGUUAAAGGAGUGUCACCCUUCUGUAUCAGACUCCCUCAACAAUGCUCUCAAAGAUGUCAAUGCAAGAUGGACUGGGUUACUGGAGGAGAUUGCAGAGCGUCUUAAGUUGAGCAAAGCCCUUCUCCAGCUGUGGCAGCGUUACAAGGAGCUGUACGACCAGAGCUGCAGCAGUGUCCAACUUCAGGAGGAGAAAUCAGACCAGCUCCUUAAGACUGCAAGCAGCAAAGACAUUGCUGAUGAAGAAGUUUCCAACUGGAUCCACCAAUGCACUGAGGUGCUGCGAUCCCAAGCUCCAGUCCAGGCCUCCCUACAGGUCCUUCAUGAACUCGGAAAACAGCUAAAACAACAGGUGGACAUAUCAGCGGCAUCAGCCAUUCAAUCAGAUCACCUCUCUCUGUGCCAAAGGGUCAGUGCUGUGGAACAGGCUCUGAACCGCCAGCUCACUACACUUCAGACGGGGGUCCAUGAUUAUGAGACGUUCACUGGUCAGCUGGACUCACUUGGAAACUGGAUCACUGAGGCAGAGGAGGUCUUGAAGAUCCAAGACCCAAACGGCUCCACAGAUCUAACUGCCAUCCAGGGCCGCAUGGACGAGCUCAAGAAACUGAUGCUUAAGUUCAGCUGUAUGGCCCCUGAAUUGGAGCGUCUGAAUGAACUUGGAUACAAACUUCCUCUCAACGAUUCAGAAAUCAAGCGCAUGCAGAACCUCAACCGGAGCUGGACAACUGCCUCUGCCCAGACCACAGAGAGAUUCAGCAAACUUCAGUCCUUCCUGUUACAACAGCAAACCUUCCUGGAGAAGUGUGAAACUUGGAUGGAGUUUUUAGUCCAAACAGAAGAAAAUCUUGCUGUGGAAAUUUCGGGAAACUUUCAAAGCCUGAUGGAGCAACAAAAGGCCCAUGAGUUAUUCCAAGCUGAGAUGUUUAGUCGCCAGCAGAUUCUUCACUCAAUAAUUAGUGAUGGACAAAGAAUGUUGGAACAAGGCCAAGUGGAUGACAGAGAUGAAUUCAACAUGAAGCUGACCCUGCUGAGUAACCAGUGGCAGGGCGUGGUGCGUCGUGCCCAGCAGAGGAGGGGGAUCAUCGAUGGUCUGAUCCGACAGUGGCAACGCUACAGGGAAAUGGUGGAGAAGUUACGGAAGUGGCUUCUGGAAGUGUCCCAUCCCACAGAGGCGCUUCAGUCUGGGGCUACUAUCCCACUGCAACAAGCACGAUCCAUGCUAGAUGCUGUACAGUUGAAGGAGAAGGUGCUCCAGCGGCAGCAGGGCAGUUACAUCCUGACAGUGGAAGCGGGUCGACAGCUGCUGCUCUCCGCUGACAGCCCAGCAGAGGGGGCUCUUCAGGCCGAGCUCACAGACAUACAGGAGAGAUGGAAACAAGCUACAGUAUGUCUGGAGGAGCAGAGGAAACAGCUGGUCAUACUUCUCAAGGACUGGGAGAGAUGUGAGAAAGGUAUUUGUUCAUCUCUGGAGAAACUGAGAGCUUUCAAACGUCAGCUUUCACAGCCUCUUCCUGAUCAUCAUGAAGAUCUACAGGCUGAACAAAUGCGCUGCAAAGAUUUAGAGAACACCUUUGAUGGCUGGACUGGGGAUUUGGCUCACCUUGCAGUCCUGAGAGAGUCUCUGUCUUGUUACAUCAGUGCAGAAGACCUCUCAGUUCUUCAGGAGAGAAUUGAGCUGCUGCAUCGACAAUGGGAUGAAAUGUGUCACCAGCUGUCUCUGCGCAGACAACAGGUGUGUGAAAAGUUGAAUGAAUGGACCGUGUUCAAUGAGAAAUACAAGGAGCUGUGUGAGUGGCUGACAAACAUGGAGAGCAAGGUGUCCCAGAACGGAGACAUCAGCAUCGAGGAAAUGAUUGAUAAGCUACGCAAGGACUAUCAAGAGGAAAUAACUUUGGUCGAACAGAACAAAUCACACCUGCAUGAACUAGGAGAACGUUUGGCCCGAGCCAGUCACCAAAGCAAAGCUGCAGAGAUCGAACAGAAACUGGGCAAAGUUAGUGAUCGAUGGCAGCACCUUCUGGAUCUCAUUGGAGCAAGAGGGAAGAAGCUGAAGGAAACUCUUGUGGCUGUGCAGCAGUUGGACAAAAACAUGAGCAGUCUUCGGUCCUGGUUGGCUCAUAUUGAAACAGAGCUCUCCAAACCAAUCACGUACGACACCUGUGAAUAUCAGGAAAUACAGAUGAAACUUGAUCUACAACAGGAGCUUCAGCGUGACAUAGAGAAGCACAGCACUGGGGUGGCCUCUGUCCUGAACCUGUGUGAGGUGUUGCUACAUGACUGUGACGCUUGUGCCACUGACGCCGAGUGUGACUCCAUCCAACAGGCCACACGCAGCCUGGACCGCCGCUGGAGGAGCAUCUGCGCCCUGUCCAUGGAGAGGCGCCUCAGGAUUGAGGAGACAUGGAAAUUGUGGCAGAAAUUUCUGGAAGAUUAUUCCCGAUACGAUGAAUGGCUGACGACUUCAGAGAAAACUGCUGCUCUGCCAAACUCUUCCAAUGUUCUGUACACUGUGGCCAAGGAGGAGCUGAAGAAAUUUGAGGCUUUUCAGAGGCAGGUUCAUGAAAGCUUAACUCAACUAGAGCUGAUUAAUAAGCAGUACCGGCGUCUGGCCCGAGAGAACCGCACUGACUCCUGCUGCAGACUUAAGGAAAUGGCCAACGACGCCAACCAGAGAUGGGACAACCUGCAGAAGAGGGUGGCAUCUAUCCUCCGCAGACUCAAGCACUUUAUAAACCAGAGAGAGGAGUUUGAGACAGCAAGAGACGGGAUCCUGGUUUGGCUGACAGAGAUGGACUUGCAGCUCACCAACAUCGAACAUUUCUCUGAGUGUGAUAUUCAAGCCAAGAUCAAACAACUCAGGUCCUUCCAGCAGGAGAUCUCUCUGACCACAGCUAAAAUCGAGCAGAUCUUCCACCAGGGGGAGGGGCUGAUCGAGAAGAGUGAGCCCCUAGAUGCUGCAGUGAUCGAGGAGGAGCUGGAGGAGCUGCAGCGCUACUGUCAGGAGGUGUUCGGACGAGUCGAGAGAUACUACAAGAAACUCAUACGCCUGCCUCUUGCAGACGACGAUACCGAAGUGUCCUUCUCAGACCGGGAGCUGGAACUGGACGAGCCUGGGGACCUGUCCAGUGUCCCGUGGAGUGAGCGUUUGGGAGACGGGUUCCUGUCCCCGCUGCCCUCCUCAGGGCGGUCUCUGGCAGCCCAACUGAGGACAGAGCGGUCGGGCCGGGACACUCCAGCCAGUGUGGACUCCAUACCCCUGGAGUGGGACCACGACUAUGACCUUAGUCGAGGUCUGGAGAGUGCCAGCCGGGCUCUGAGGGAGCAGCAGAGCGAGGAGGGGGAGUUCAUACAGAGAGCUGCUUCUGCCCUGUCAGAUGUAGUGAUCCCAGAGAGCCCUGAAGCCUAUGUUAAACUAACUGAGCAAACUCUGAGGUCCUCCACUGGUGAAGCUGCCUCCACAGACUCACCGUCACUGGACGCCAGUCGCUUCCAUCAAACAGACCGCAGUCGAACACCAACAGGAGCCGAACUUGAUGGGUCUUAUAUGGGAUAUAUGCGACUUUUGGGUGAGUGUCGAGGCAGCAUAGACACAGUGAAGAGGAUGGGAUUUGAACUAAAAGAGGAUGAAGACACAAUUUCAGGACUUGCAGAUCCCAACAGCUCCGAGUCUCAGACCUCAGGUGUGAUAGAGCGCUGGGAGCUCCUGCAGGCUCAGGACUUGAGCAAAGAAUUGAGGACGAAGCAGCUGCAGCAGCAAUGGCAACAGCUGAACUCAGACCUGAACAAUGUGUGGAGCUGGUUGGGACAAACAGAGGAGGAGCUAGAGCUGCAGAUGAGACUAGACCUCAGCACAGACAUCCAGACCAUCGAGCAACGCAUUAAAAAACUCAAGGAGCUACAGAAGGCCUAUGACAAGAGAAAGGCCAUUGUCCUCUCUAUAAACCUGUGCAGUGGGGAGUUUGUUCAGUCAGAUUCAGUGGAAUCCAGAGAACUUCAAAUCAAACUCAAAGAUAUGAACAACCACUGGGACAGACUGGGCCUGUCUCUGGACCAGUGGAGGACAUCACUACAGGAAGCACUUAUGCAAUGUCAAGACUUCCAUGAGAUGGGCCAUGGUUUGCUGCUCUGGUUGGAAAACAUCGACCGAAGAAGGAAUGAAGUGGUUCCCAUUGACCCCAUUUUGGACAGUGAUACUCUCCAGCAACAUCAUAAGACACUGACGCAAAUCCGGCAGGAGCUCUUGGACUCCCAAUUAAAGGUGGCCUCCCUCCAGGACAUGUCACUGCAGUUGCUGGUCAACGCUGAAGGCAGUGACUGUCUGGAGGCCAAAGAGAAGGUUCACGUCAUUGGAAACAGACUCAAACUGCUGCUGAAGGAGGUCACCCGGGACCUGAGAGAGCUGGCCAAGAUCUUAGACAUCACAAGCAGUCAGCAGGAUCUGUCCUCUUGGUCUUCUGCGGACGAUCUGGACACCUCUGGAUCUCUCAGCCCGGUCUCUGGAAGGAGCACACCAAGUCGACGGCGAUCGCAACGGGGCAAAAGUAGGGUGUCACAGCCCGGAGCGUCUGUGAGCAGUCAACACCUAAGGUAUCUCGGCGCUGGGUCCGCUUCCUUCCAUUCUGACUCCUCUGAAUCUACUUCCUGGGGUCAGAGGUCGUUCAUGAGGCGCGUCCUGUGGGUGGCACUGCCGUUCCAGGUCCUCCUGCUGCUGUUAGUGCUACUGGCCUUCAUCAUACCCAUGACGGAGGAAGACUACUGUGCCCAGUCCAAUAACUUUGCUCAUUCACUUUACCCAAUGCUCAGCUACAGGAACGGUCCACCCCCAGUAUAGACUCAACAGACACUUUCAGUAUUUUUUGCUCAAAUCAUGUUGAAAUUCCCUUUAAUACUGGAAGUAUUUUCCAUUUCUUCACCUGCAGUGUAUGCUGUGCUGAACAAUUAGGGCUGCACAAUAUGUCAAAAGAUGACAAUUUUUAUAUUUUUACACUGGUCUUUAGUUCCUAUUUCAUCAUUUGUAGUGUGCUGUGUUUUGCUCCCUGAUGCAUCUCUAUAAUUUAAACUUAUCUUUUGUGUCUGUAAAAAAUAUAGUAACAUGACUUGCAAAAUCAUAAAAUAGUGCCUGGAUAUUUAUUUUGAACUGGAAAGAAUAUGUGUAAGAUUAUUUGAAUCAACAUCAAAACUUUUUUUGUUUUGUUUAUACAAAUCCAAUGUUAGGACAACCUGCAUGCACUUUUGACUUUUUUUUUUUUUGCAAUAUAUUGUGCAACCCUAAUCUAAAUACUGCUGUGUCAAAUACAAUGGAUCUUCUUAACAAACCAAACUGUCUCUUCUCUUCCCAUUAACCUCAAAUGUCUUGAAUGUUAUAUGUCUUCAAAUGGAGUAGCACCAAAGUUUGAACUGCUAUAGCCUGUGACUCUGCUUGUUACUGAGAUUUGUACAGAAACAUUGAAUACUGUAUACCUUACAUUGCAUUUAUUUUUGUACCUGUAUUUUGGCAUGCAGUAAAUCACACAGGUUGCUUUGUAAUCACUUCCUUCACUGUCUGUGUCCAUUUUUAACUCCCAUGAAACGAAUUGUGUAAUGACAGUCAUUCAUGAAGUUUGUACAUUUUAUUUUUUAACAUGAAUUAUGACUGUGAGAUUAUAACAUAUAGAACUAUUGUAUAUUUUGUAUGACUGUUGAUGAAAUGUAUGGCAUUAUAUUAUACCCUGUAUAUAAUGGAAAAGUAUAUAAUGUAACUGUAUGUACAUGCCAACAGAAACAAUGAAUGCCAAAUCCUUA